AUGUCACCGCUCGCACAUUCUAAAAGAACUUCGAUUUUACACCGACGCGAGCCGUCGGUUCCACAUGAGGUCAAAGAGACAUUAGAUGCAGUUGUAACUGAAACUCAAGAUGGAGAACGUUGUUUAAACAACUACGUUUUGAAAGACGUAAUCGGACAGGGAGCUUAUGGCACAGUGAUUUUAGCCUAUGACAAAGAAACCAAAAUGAAAUAUGUAGGUUCUGUCACAAAAUGUCUAUUAAGCUUAGAAUUAUUUGAAAAUUCAAAAAUAUUUGAAAUUAUGUCGCCAAUUAAGGCUGUCAAAGAAUUCAGCAAAUCACGACUUCGCAAAAAAGAUAAGGCAAACUUCUUUCGUCGUCCACGCGGCAGAGGGAUUCGAGGUCGAGGAGGCGCACCCGUAAGCGACACAACGAAUACAUCAGAUCCCCUAUAUUUGAUUCGUAGUGAAGUUGCUGUAUUCAAGAAGUUGAAUCAUGUUAAUGUGGUAAAAUUAUACGAAGUAUUGGAUGAUCCAAGUAAUGAUUCUCUUUAUAUGGUAUUCGAAAUGUGCGAGAAUGGAGUUCUCAUGGAUGUUAAUAUCCAGAAGAAAUCAACUCCAUUUCCCGAAGAGAAAAUGCGGCUUUAUUUCAGAGAAAUGAUACUUGGUUUUGAAUAUCUACAUGAAAAUGGGAUUGUUCACCGGGAUAUUAAGCCCGACAAUCUCUUAUUGUCAAAAGAUGGUGUGCUUAAAAUAGUAGAUUUCGGUGUAUCUGAAAUAUUUAUCAAAGGCAAUGAUAAAUUGAAGAAAUCUGCCGGUAGCCCGGCUUUCAUGGCACCGGAACUUUGUGUAGCUCAUCAUGACGAAAUUUCUGGACAGGCCGCAGAUAUUUGGUCCAUGGGAGUCACUUUAUAUUGUCUUGCUUUUGGACAAUUGCCUUUUCGGAAGGAAAACAUUCUUGAUAUGUAUGAAUCAAUAAAACAUGAUGAAUUCGAAAUUCCGGAAGGAACAGAUCCCGAUUUAGCUGAUCUUCUUAAAAAGAUUCUUGAGAAAGAUCCAAACAAAAGAAUUACAAUGCUUGAGAUUCGUGAACAUCCAUGGGUUACUGAAAGAGGAAAUGAUCAACUUAUAACUAGAGAAGCGAAUUGUGCCGAGGUGGUUACCGAAAUUACAGAUGCAGAAUUUAAUUCGGCUAUCAAAACUAUUAGCAUUGGUACUGCCAUCACUGUGAUUGUUGCUGGCAAUAAAUGGAAGAGAAUGUCCAAAACACAUAGUAUGUCAUCUGGAGAUUUUGCAAAAUUAAGAGCCUUGGAAACUGCUGAUAAUGAAAAAGAAAAAGGAGAGAGUAGUACUGCCGAAACUACAACCGGUUCGUCAAUUGUUUCGUCCGAAUGA